UAGGGAACCCUGAAAGAAGUUAAAGGUGACAGGCUUGCAACACACACACACAGAUAGAUUGCCUGUAGACUGCCAGGGGGACUGAGCGCUGCUACAAUGGGUGAGCUGACAGAGGCUGACAAAGCGAACAUCCGUGCAGUCUGGGAGAAAUUGGCUGCGGAUCCUGAGGGAAACGGCAGGACUGUGGUCCUGAGAUUGUUCACGGAUUACCCUGAGACGAAAAAGUACUUUAAGCAUUUUAAGAACAUUUCAACCCAGGAAGAAAUGCAAAACUCCGCUCAGAUCAAAAGACAUGGCAAGACUGUGAUGAACAAACUGACCAGCAUCUUUGAAAAACUGGAUGAUUGGGCUGCAGUCUGCUGCAUCCUGGAUACCAUGGCAGAAAGGCAUGUUUUUGUACAUACAGUGGAGGUAUACAACUUUCAGAUUAUAUUUGAUUUAAUUGUUGCAAUCAUGGCCGAAUCAUUGGGAAGCACCUUUACACCAGAGAUCCGUGAAUCCUGGGUGAAGAUCUUCAAUAUUAUUUACCUUUAUCUUGAGGAAUGCUACAAGAAACACCAAACCACGCCCUAAAUUAAUGGCUUGUGGUUGCAAACACCUACUGCUCCAACCAUCGAUAAAUGAAUGAUAUUGUGUCUAAACAACUCUGUACUGCAAUGACUAUCACGAUCAGCAUUUGGAUGGAUCUGUUUGAGAACAAUGAUAUUUUGACAUUAAGAAUGGGAGGAAUAAAUGAUAAUGUUGUGAAAAAAAUUAAAAAUAUCCAUUGAUCGUCUACACUGUUAAAUUAUAUAAAGUAAGGAAUAUUUUCUGCUUUAUUUGAGCAAUACCUUACUCAAUUGGUCUGAUUUUAGUUCUUGCAUUUAGCCAGACAAAGUAAACAUUACAUCAAUGAAUAGAGGUGCUGGCCUGGUGGUAUCAUCACUGGACAGAGUUAAUACAGAGAACCAGGCAAUGAUCUAGGAACCCAGGUUUGAAUCCCACCAUAGCAGAUGGUGGAAUUUGAAUUCAAUUAAAAUCUGUAAUUAAGAGUCUAAUGAUGACCAUUAAUUGUUUGUUGGGGGGGGCGGAAUAAUACAGUAGGUUCGCUAAUAUCCUUUUGGGAGGGAAACUGCCAGUCUUACCUGGGGCCUGGCUUACAUGUGACUCCAGACCCACAGCAAUGCAGUUGACUCUCACCUGCCCUCUGUGCAAUUAGGGAUGGGCAAUAAAUGCUGGCCUAGCCAGAGAUGCCCACAUUCCAUGUCUUAUUUUAGUUUUGUGGACCCUUUCAAAGACUCUCGGGAAAUAUGCCCUGUUUCAAAAUAUAUAAUUUUACUUUGAGGUUCAUCUUCUUUCUUGACACAUCCCACAACCCAAUGCACCCAGUUAUUUACCUCACUCCAACAAUAUUACAGUAUCCUUCUACCUUAAUCUUACACAAGGCUCAUAAGUGCACAAGUAAUAUUGGGGCGAAGGUGGCAAUCUUAGCCUUGGCUGAAGUUGAAAAAUAUCACUGCUUUCAAAUAAUCAUUCUCUGUAGGAACAACUGGUUGAUGUUUUUUUGAAUGCAGCUGCUUUUUCUGGUUCCUCCUGGCAGGGGAUUUUUGUUAUGGUGUAUUCCUGCUUGUCUGUCCUUGCACACCCUCACUUCAGCCACUCUGCGAUUUCGAUCAGCUAACUGUGCUCAGGUGGAUCCCUCUUUCUCUACUUAGAUCUCUAGAAGAGUUCUCCAACUUUUCAGCUCUGAUUAAAAAAGUGAAAUACUGAUAUUUGCUUUUCUGGAUGUCACUUUUGAAGAUUUCAAUUCACUGUUGCAAGUUUAAGUCCUCUUCAUUUGCCUUAAUAUAGGGUUUUCCGCACACAGCUUAGCAGUCUCCUUUCAAAGGUUACAGUUGCAUUGAUCUUCCAUAGAUCUUUACAGGUUUCCAAGGCAAACGGGAAAGAGGGCAGAAUGUAGCAUCUUAUGAGUUUGAUUCCUGGUUGCAAAGUGGAGUUUUUUCUCGUAACAUCUUUGCAAAAAUUACAUGUGCGUCACAUCUGCCGCCUUCCAUUAUCAUUUAGACAAAUGUAGCUACCUAUUCUGCCAGGCACUGCAAUCUUCAUUCUAAUUCCUGGUUACAAUUCCAGAUUUCUGGCCUGUCUUUCUUGUCACAAUGGAUGGAAGUUUGGGACAAUCAUGACAUUAAACACUGAGCUAGUUAAGGAAGGCCACCUCUUAGCCCCCUGCCCCAUUUUUUUUUUCCAUUCUGCAACUUUGAUUUAUUGACAAAACCAUUUAUUAUGAGAAAACCCAAAUAGUCAAAAAUGCAAAUUUAUACUUCCACUGACCUGAUUUUCAGGCAAAUUGCAAAAUGAGUCAAUGAAAUGCUUUUGGAAAUGUGAGUAAAUGUAGUUUGAAUCAUAUCCAUGCAUGGAUGAACGAAAAAUUACUAUUUUUCAAGAUUGUACCAUGCAAGUUUGUAUGUUAUGCUGGAUUUAAAUCUUACUAAUUUACUAAAUGCUUACAAUUAAUACAAAAUAAUAUUGUGCAAUGAUCCAACAAAUGCAUUUCUUACAUAUUAACUAUCAAUGUAGCAGCAGUCCAGAUGUUUCUUUAUAUCAAUUCCAGAUAUUUAAUCAUUUUUAAAAUUUGCAUUGUAUUUUUCAAAACUAUAUUUAGCAACAUUAAUAAAACAAGAAUAUAUAGUUUUAAUCUGCCAGCCAAAUUUGAUUUAUGGCCUUUGACAUGUACGAUUACAGUUCAAACAAACCUGUUGCCAUGAGGGAACUUUUAAAAGUCUUCUAUUUACUUCUUCAGUGCAAUAAAAUGUGUU